AUGUCUACCGAGUGGCCCUCCCUCGACUCGCUCCCGCAAGACAUCAUGCGCGAGAUAGCGGCCAGCACGGAGGAUCCAUCAACUAUAUGGGCAAUCAUCGCGACGUGCAGGUCGUUGAAGGCAGGCGCUGAGCUGGCUCUCACACCUUACUUCAGGGAGAGGAGGAUACUGGCGAUUCCACCUAUGACCGAGAGCGUCUUCACGUCAAUAGACUCAGACCUCGCAUCGACCAGCACCGCGCGGAACCAGAGCAUGGUCCAUCGAUGCCAGCGGUUCGAAUCACUCUCCACUUUCAUCCCUUUGGCCGGUACCGCGAUCCGCCGACUCAUCGUCGAGGUCACAGACGAGCCCAACUCGCCCGGCUGGGCCCAAAUCCGGCGCUUCGCAGCCCAGCUGCAGUCGCUCGAGGUGCAUGUUCGGGAGUCGACAUGGGCGCGUCCGAUUGAGGUCCUACGCUCCGGCGGCGGCGGCAGCCUCGUAUGGUGGAAGCACACACCGCGGGUGUGGGGCGAAGCGCUCGCGGGGAUCAGCUUCCCGCUCCUCGUCGACCUCACCCUGGUCACCACCUCUCGAGUCGGAGAGCAUUUCCUCCGUCUCGCUCCCUUCAUCCCAAACCUCCAGUCCCUCACUCUGUCCUGCCAUCAGCACAGCGAUCUCGACGAAGGGCAGCAUACCAUCAUCGCUGAGCUCCUUCCCAAGUCCGCAACCUUCCCACACCUCAAGACCCUCAUCCUCGCCGGCCACGCCACAUUCAUCGACGAGCUUGCGAGACGCCUCCUCCCAAAGACCCCAAGUCUGCGGGCCCUCACCAUCCAUUUGGCCAACAUCAAAGAUUCGAUGUAUGACACCAUCACCCCUUCGACGAUGAGGCGAAUUAUACAUUGGAGUGUGGAAUGCUCCAGACUGCAAAUGCUGGCGUUGUACGGCUACGCGGCGUACUACUUCCCGGGUGUACUGCGCGACCUUGAGCGGAUGGGAGGAGCCCAAGCAAUGCUGGGCGUGGAGAGGCUGGUAUCGGACGGGAGGGGUCUGGCAUCACAUGAGCUCGCGUCGAGACCCACGCACUACAUGAACUCUCGACCGAGUCUUCCUGCUUUGAAGGAACUGGUCUUUAUCACUCUCGAGUCCAAGUCGCGCUACACCGACCGACCCGAACCCAAGCUCGACUUUCCUCCUCCAUUCGUCGACUCGGUCCGAAGUCUAUUCGACCACUACUCUGGCCUCUCUCGCCUGGACUGGGUCAACAGUUACGCCAAAGACCCAUUCGUCAGCAUGUCUGACCCAGUCUGGGCAUCGCAGCAUCAUACAUGCUCUGUCCUGCGACCCCGCGACGACCAGCCGCUGGACCCCGUCUUCCCGAACGAAGUCCCGUCGGCUAUGGACAAGGACAGUGCUGGUGUCGAUGACAUCGGAACCGCUGCUGAGGGUACGGCGUAA